AUGACUAUGGUUUCAGAUAGCCUGUGGGGAAUAAUCAAAUCAGACGACAUGAGCAAUGAAAUUACCGAGACGGUACAGUCCGUGUAUGAUAAAUUGUCAGAGCCUGAAAAGAAGAUAGAAGCCACAUUUGGUUCUCAUGAUGAAGGGUCUGUCCGAAAUGAAGCUAGUAUCAUGAAUGCAAAGCCUUGUGCUGUGGGUGAUGACUUUCCUGGUGAUGAGUCUAAUGAACCCUCAGGUUUCCUUCUGCCAAUAAAUCAUCAAAACAAUGGUAAGAUACUUGAGGAUUCAUCACCAUCGAUGUCUAGCGAAAGGCCUGUAGAAGUGGGAAAUGGACGUCCCAACCAUUCAGAGAAUUCCCUCGGGGUACAUGAUGUUGAUAUGAGCAUUCUAACUGGCUUUUCUGUGGAGAGAGAGUUGAAUCAACCAUGCGAUGAUAGCGACGAGGAUCCUGACGUGCCUCCUGGUUUUGGUUGA